UCACUCUCCUGCGUUUCUCCCGUAAUCCUGUUGGAGUAAGUUGGCGUGUUGGCGUUACAUCGGAUUCGGAUCCCUUUUCGUGUUUAUCACAGGACAGGCAGAAACCCCGUCAAAACAUUGCACCGUACGAGAGCACAAGGUGAGCGCGAGAGCACAGAGGGAAAUUCGGUCGGGACUCUUCACGGCAGGAUACGUGACGCGAGAGCGAGUAAGAGCGGUCCAGGAUUUGAUUCGCUUCCGAAAGUGGCUGCCCAAAAAAAUUCGACAACACGGAAGCGAAACCGAGGCAAAACUAGAGCAUCCGCACAAUCCCGGCUGGGAGAGCGGAUUUAGUAGUGCCGUGACUUUCAAUCGUUGCACUGAGUUCGAUUACGGGGAUACAGUGAUCGCGGUUUGUUUCGUGGUUCGUGAAUGGAUGCGUGUUGGCAACGAAAGAAAUCGAUUUCGUGAUUGAUUUUAGAAUCGUGUUUUUAUUCGGAGAUUUUGCUUUAGAGGGAACGAAAAAAGUGACAUGUCAACAAGAUUUGAUUUGAAGCCGAGAUUUUCCUGAAAAUGAUUGCAUUACUGUGACACAGUGGUGAUGAAAAGUGGUUUCGGGUUGUGAGAGAUAAGAAGAGAGCAGUGCACUACGACUCCAAGUGAGAGAAAGAGAGAGGGAGAAUCCGGAAACAAAAGAAUCGCCUUCGUGUCCUUCCUGUGAAGAGUGUCGACCGUACGCGAGUGGGAAUCGGAGGGACGAUUCGUAGGGAAAAAAGAAAAUCAAUAAAUUUCAUUCAAGGUUAUUCACAUCGCGCACAGCCAGAGCCGAGAGCUGAAUUAUAUAUAUUUCGGCAAGCCACAAUAACAAUUCCAUGAAGACAACAGAAGCGGCAGUGCAAAUCCCUACAGGGCACGAGAGGAAAACAAGAGCGUCUUGCGAAGUGACAACCAGCCGAACGAGAACGGACAGGCACAAAAAGAUUUGAAACAUUUUCCUCAUUUCGUUAUCCAAAGUGGCGAAAACUUCUGCAGUUGAGACAGACCUCAGAAAAAAUAGACUUCUUUUGCCACAACAAACAGACGACACGAGAAAACGUGACAACAAUUUUCCCUCUGAUUGCGUCCCGUUCCCCGACUUUCGACGAAAACUCUGCCAAACGUUGAAGCUGUUUUGCCAGAAAUGAAAAAUGUAGAUUUGAUUUCGAUUUGUGUGUGAAGUUUUUCGCCUGGAGACAGUUGGGACGGUUCGAAUUCCUCGGCAGCAGCAGCACAGCAGAAGAAUCAGGUCGAAUUCAAAUUUCUUGGCGCAGACCUAUCGGCCGAUAUUGGUGAUGGUGGUCGCGUGCUGACCUGAGGCAUUUCAAGAACUGCAGAAGGGUUGUUCGAAAUACGGACAGCGACGACGAACCAACACCAAAGGAAGGAAGCCAAACAAGCUAUGGCUGGAAGACAUGUCCGUCGGGUUUGUGCCGUCGUCGUGGUGAAUCGAGGUGCGUCGUCGUCGAAGCGGUGAAUCUGCGCGAGUGAAACGCGAGUGAUUUGGAUUAAUUUUCUUCGGAUUAUAUAGCUUUUGUUUCGGGAGUGAAUAUGGGAAUUGCUACAGCAAGAAGAAUCGACAACUGGGUGCGAUGCUGCCAGUGUUUACUAGUGGCGUGGAGCUGGCAGCUGAGCAUUGCUGCCAGCAGCAAGUGGGAUCACAUAAUGGAUUUUGACCAGAACUAUCGACUACAGUGGACUUCCACCGGGCAGGAUAUUACGUUCGAGAUUCAAAGUCGGACCCAGGGAUUUGUGGGUUUAGGGUUUUCCCGUGAUGGAACGCUGGCCGAUUCGGAUAUUGUCGUCGGAUGGAUGGACGAUGGGCAGACCCGUUUUCAGGAUCGCCACAUACGAGCUGGCAGCGACGGAGAACCCAUCAUUGAUCCCUCCCAGGACUACACUCUACAAGCUCUGUACCAGAACCACACACAUACAGUAAUGAGAUUCAAGAGGAAUCUGAAUACCUGUGAUAACAAGGAUGAUUUUCCAAUUACGAACGAUACAAUGAGAGUGAUAUUCAUGUACUCGAAGCAUAAGCCGGAUAGGGGAUCUCUGGUGUUACCGGAUCCGUUGGAGGCGUUCAAGGGAUCCCGGUCGGUGUUUCUGACGCAGAGGACUAACCAGCAUCCGCUGGCGAAUGAAGCGCAUAUCAAUAUCUUGGAAUUGCGGAAUAUGGAUGUGGAGCUGCCGGAAAGUGACGAGAGUUUGUACUGGUGUAAAAUCUUCAAGCUGGAUGACUUCCAGCAAAAGCAUCAUCUGGUUCGGUACGAACCCGUAUUCGAUUCAUCGACCAGCGUGCUCUACCUGAACCACAUAAUCCUGUACGAGUGCCAGGGCCUCUCCAACGAGCUCGAAAUGCUAUCCCGACGGCACGGCCAACCCUGCUUCCAGUUGAAGGCGGCCCACUGCAACACCGUCGUUGCCAACUGGGCACGUGGAUCAGACGGCUUCAGCUUCCCUCAAGAAGCCGGCUACCCGCUAGACUCACACCAAGCCACCUACUACUUGCUGGAAACGCACUACAACAAUCCGGACUAUUCGUACGAUUUCUCAUCGUUCUACCGGAAGAAUCUGAGCAAGCAGCAACGCAAUAUGAACAUCCACAAUGGCCACGAUGGCGAAGACGGCAACCGUGAUGAUGACGAUGUCGAUGAUGAUGCUGGUAACAACCAUGACGAACCGGACGACUACCGGGACGACGAUGGUGAACCGGAGGCCGAGCAGCAGGUGGUUGAUAACUCCGGCCUCAAGCUGUACUACACGCAAUCGCUGCGGAAUUUCGAUGCCGGUGUCUUGUCGGUGGGGAUCGACCCCAACUGGCGCCAUAUCAUCCCGCCCGGCCAGGAAAAGGUAGUUUCCGAAGGCCACUGCAUCGGAGCGUGCACCCAGCAAAGCUUCCCCCAGGAGGGAAUUAAUAUUUUCGCCGUGAUGACGCGCACUCAUCUCAUCGGCCGGCAGGUGAAGCUCAGGCAGAUUCGUGGAAACGAGGAGCUCCAACCGAUUGUUCAUGACACCAACGUCGAUCCGAGCUAUCAGGACUACCGAUGGUUGCCGGCGCCGGUGAAGGCACUCCCCGGUGACAGCCUGAUUGCCGAAUGUAUCUAUGACAGCUCUUCGCGGAAAUCCAUUACCCUGGGUGGCAUGACGACUCGGGAGGAAAUCUGUCUUGUCCUAACGCUUUAUUACCCGAGACAGCAGGCACUGACAUCCUGUCACUCACUGCCAAGCUUGCCAACCGUACUGCACUCGCUGGGGAUUCAGGAACUCGCUUCCGGUUCCAAUCCGGUGGAAAUAUCGUCACCUCCGGAGCUGGCCGGAAUGACCCUGGAGAAGCGGCUCACCUCGUACGAUUGGGCCAACCAGUUCGAAAACUUCCAGUACGUGACCCGGCUGGGAUCCUUCAAGCCGAUGUGCUGGGCCAAUCAGAUGCUGCCGGGUAUCGAAAUGGAAUCGUACGUAACGAACAUCACCCGCCACUGGAAGCCCAUGAACCUGUGUCGUAGCAUCCAAACCAACAUGAUCUCCGAACCGGUUCACGAUGGCAGCGAGCCAAACAUGAUCGACAUGCCGGCAAUGGACGACCACGAAUCCACCAAUCUGAUCGACACGGAACUCAAAGCCAAGGUAACUCCCCGACCAGGAGGCUCCACCUACUCCCAGGGCGGUAAUCGUCCAACGUCGGGACGAAGCAGCGGCGUCAGCGGAAGACAGGAAAUGGCAGCACUGCGAACGCUUCUGGCCACCGCAAUUCUCGCCACCACAAGCACCGUUGUAAUCAGAUUAAUUUAAUUAAAAUGGGAACACAAACCUCGACCACGCAGCGCCCUCCCCGACUGGUACCGUAAGAAUCACUCCUACAUCGACGGCAAAUGCAAUAUGAUAGCAAAAUAAUUAAAUCCACAACCGAUAGGGACCGAACGUGAACGCUGACCGCGCGAGGGUGCCGAAAUUAGAAAAGUUGCAAAUCUGCAGCCCUGCACAAAUAAAAAAAAACGAUUUCGAUCGUUUGCAAUUUUAUUACAAUUUCGAAACGCCGGUGAUGAAAAGGAUUUCGCUUGCUCUAGUGAAAUAAAAACGAACAAGAUGAAACAAAUUCGAGAAAGCAAUAAAAGCGCCGAAUGGGAGCCGUCAUUUGGUUAUGCUAGAAAAUAUGAAAUAUUUGUUGUAGAAACGUGAUUUCACGUACGUAUGAAAAAUAGUAAUCAUCCCAUACGGUGGCAUGAGCGUAGGCGAAUGAAUCCAUUUGUACCGUGUAAAUAUCAGAACAACGUUGGCGGAUUUAUUUCGAGCCGAACAAACGCGGGAGAACAACCAGGUUCGAAUCGAAUCGCGCAAUCGGUGGGAUCGUGCGUAGGCUAUAUGUGGAUCGAAAUUACUUGCUCGUUAGCAAACACCUAGAUUCGGCGAUAUUUGGGAAAGCCGCUCUAAACUGUAUCAUAGUGUAAAAAGCGAUCGAAAUUGAUCACACGAAUAAAAUAGAAGCAUCGAUGCAAACAUCAAUCCUUGAUUUAUUGUUCAACGUCCGAUUCAAUAGUCAACCACUGAGGAACUGAGAUGUAAUUCUCGUCAAACCUUUCGUAGAUAAAAAAAUAGAUAAAUCAAUUGUCAAACAACGUAAUAGAAGCAAACCUAGUCGUUCCACGUCUUCACAAACUAGUCAGGAAAUUAAUAAUCAGAAGUGAAAGAACUUAAAAUUCAUUGUGACAUCAGGAGACAGCACCAGAACCACAAUUACUAAUCAAAUAGUGUAGAAAUAAGCAGUGAGAAACGGACCUACUCGCAACGGACGCCGAUUUAUGUAUAAAAAUGUAUUUAUCAAAUAAAACUAUUUAACAAAAA